UUUUCACAACUCAGCUCACUUCUUCUCUGGGUAAUUGCCCGAUACCACAAUACCACCAACCCAGAAGGACUCGUUUGCCUAGCUAGCUAGCUAUCUAGCAACAAUGCAGCUCCACAUAUCGCCCAGUUUGCGGCAUGUAACUGUGCUGCCUGGGAAAGGAGUGAGGGAAUUCAUCAAAGUGAAGGUUGGUUCGAGGCGGGUUUCGUAUAGGAUGGUGUUUUACUCCCUUCUCUUCUUCACAUUUCUUCUGAGGUUCGUCUUCGUUUUGACAGCAGUGGACACCAUUGACGGGGAAACCAAGUGCUCUACCAUAGGUUGCUUGGGGAAAAGACUAGGACCGAGGAUUUUGGGAGGAAGGCAUGAAUCACCUGUCCCAGAAGUGAUGUAUCAAAUACUAGAUGAACCUGCAAGUAAAGAUGAAAUUCAAGGGAGGGAUGAUAUCCCUCAGACGUUGGAAGAGUUCACGGCUGAAGUGAAGGAAAGCAGAUCAGAUGCAAGGGCAUUUGCUAUUAAACUUAGAGCCAUGGUGACACUGCUUGAACAAAGGACAAGAACGGCUAAAAUCCAAGAAUACCUAUACAGGCAUGUGGCGUCCAGCAGCAUACCAAAGCAGCUCCACUGCCUUGCUCUAAGACUAGCCAACGAGCACUCAACCAAUGCCAACGCCCGCCUCCAGCUCCCCUCUGCAGAGCUCGUCCCCUAUCUCGUUGAUAACUCCUACUUCCACUUUGUCCUCGCCUCUGAUAAUAUCCUUGCUGCCUCUGUUGUGGCCUCAUCUCUCAUACGCAAUGCGCUACGCCCCCAUAAAGUUGUUCUACACAUUAUCACAGACAGGAAAACUUACUCCCCCAUGCAGGCAUGGUUCUCUUUGCACCCUUUAUCGCCUGCGAUAAUUGAGGUCAAGGGGCUGCAUCACUUUGAUUGGUUUACAAAAGGAAAGGUCCCGGUUUUGGAAGCUAUGGAGAAGGAUCAGCGCGUAAGGUCUCAGUUUAGAGGCGGGUCUUCAGCCAUUGUGGCAAAUAAUACUGAGAAACCUUAUGUCAUUGCAGCAAAGUUGCAAGCUCUUAGUCCGAAGUAUAAUUCAGUGAUGAAUCACAUCAGGAUACAUCUACCUGAGUUGUUUCCUAGUCUUAACAAGAUAGUGUUCCUCGACGAUGACAUCGUGGUUCAAACUGAUCUUACACCUCUGUGGGACAUUGACAUGGAAGGGAAAGUGAAUGGUGCAGUGGAAACUUGUCGGGGAGAUGAUAAAUUUGUUAUGUCCAAGAGGCUGAAGAGCUAUUUGAACUUCUCACAUCCUUUGAUAGCAAAGAAUUUUGAUCCAAAUGAAUGUGCUUGGGCUUACGGCAUGAACAUAUUUGACCUAGAGGCUUGGAGGAAGACCAACAUAAGCCGCACAUACCAUAGCUGGCUUCAAGAGAACUUGAAAUCAGACCUCAGUUUGUGGCAAUUGGGCACAUUACCACCAGGCCUAAUAGCAUUCCAUGGCCAUGUACACGUUAUAGAUCCCUUCUGGCACAUGCUGGGACUAGGGUACCAAGACAAUACAAGUCUAGCAGAUGCUGAAAGCGCCGGGGUGGUCCAUUUUAAUGGAAGAGCGAAGCCAUGGCUUGAGAUCGCGUUCCCACAGCUAAGGCCACUGUGGGCAAAGUAUGUCGACUUCUCUGACAAAUUCAUCAAGAGUUGUCACAUUAGGGCAUCUUGAUGACGGGAUUGAUUGAUGAUUAUGUUGACAAUAUUGAUGAUAAAACCUUUGCUUUGUGUAUGUUACAAAAAAGAAAGCAAAGCAAGAGAGAGUCCUCUCAACUUCAAGGCCUACAAUGCUAAGACAUGAGAGAUGAUAACAGCAAGAGGAUAGAGUUCUUGUGAACUCUCCAUUUUUCUUUUCUUCAUUUUUAUUUGUACUUUUUAUGGGAAUGAAAUAUACCGUUUUUUUCUUACUUACCCAAAA